AUGAUUACUUACUCAGAAUACCUUGAUGAAUAUGUGAAAGAUUUAAAUAAUUAUUGCCAUAAAAUAAAAAAGUCAAUUUUUAACAUCGGAAAUCGAGGGGAUUACGAAAAAACGAGAGAAUAUGUUUUAGAAGCUGAAAAAUGUAUAAAGCAAAUUAUAAUAGAAACAAAUAGUUUGCCAAAAGGAUCUCAUAAAAUAUUUGAUGAAAUAAAUAAAUAUAAUUCAGACCUAAAGAAAUAUAAAAGUAUUUUAGAAAGAAUGAGUAGCGAUUAUUAUUCCGAUGAAGCUAUCAACAAUAGAGAAUAUGACAUUACAAGAAAGUACGUGGAGGGGACAAACUUUCUAAAAGAAUCUGAGAAGAGAGCCCAAGAUGUUGAAGACAUGGGUUACACAAUAAUGAACGAGCUGACCUCGCAGAGGAGUGCCAUCCUGAGGACCAAACUAUAUACUGGCGAAACGAGGCAGGAACAAAAUAGAGUAAAGCGCAUGCUCUUGAGUAUAUACCAAAAUAAGCUGCUGUUUAAAUGUUUACUCAUAUUAAUAAUAAUAUUGUUGGUAAUAGCAAAUAUAGGGAUUAUAAUAUACAAGAUAAAAUGA